AUGGCCCUGAUCUGGCUCCUGCUGCUCAGCCUUUUGGAGCCCGGCUGGCCCGCUGCGGGCACCGAAGCGCGGCUGCGGCGUGAUGCAGGCGGCCGCGGCGGCGUCUACGAGCACCUCGGCGGGGCGCCCCGGCGCCGCAAGCUCUACUGCGCCACCAAGUACCACCUGCAGCUACACCCGAGCGGCCGCGUCAACGGCAGCCUGGAGGACAGCGCCUACAGUAUCCUGGAGAUCACAGCCGUGGAGGUGGGCGUUGUAGCCAUCAAGGGCCUCUUCUCUGGGCGGUACCUCGCCAUGAACAAGAGGGGACGCCUCUAUGCCUCGGAGAGCUACAAUGCCGAGUGCGAGUUUGUGGAGCGUAUCCAUGAGCUGGGCUACAACACCUAUGCCUCCCGGCUCUACCGGACGGUGCCCAGCGGGCCCGGGGCACAGCGCCAGCCCAACACAGCCGAAAGACUGUGGUACGUGUCUGUGAACGGCAAGGGCCGGCCCCGCCGGGGCUUCAAGACUCGCCGCACACAGAAGUCCUCCUUGUUCCUGCCCCGCGUGCUGGACCACAAGGACCACGAGAUGGUGCGGCGGCUUCAGGGUGGUGCCGGGCUCUGGGGUGGCCUGGCCAGGCCACCGGGCAAGGGUCCCCAGCAGCGGCAGCAGCGGCAGCAGAAAAAGCAAAGCCGGGGCGCCCACGCUUAG